UGCAGCCUCCCCAGCUCCAGCUCCAGCUCCUCUCCGAGCCCACAGCACCAUGAAGGUCCUGGCAGCCACCCUGGCCACUCUGCUCCUUCUGGCCACCUGCUCCCCAGCUGAAGGUCACCUUGAUGGUGUCCCCAGCACCUGCUGCUUCAGCUACCAGAGGCAGCCCAUCCCUCGGCGCCGCGUCAGCUCCGUGUUCAACACCAGCAGCUCCUGCAGCCAGCCAGGGGUGAUCGUGGUCACCCUGAAGAAGAAGCAGCUGUGUGCAGAUCCACAGGAAAAAUGGGUGCAGGAGCUCCUGAAGCACUUCCAGAGCCCAGGAAACUGAGCCUUCCCUGCUGACAGCCACAACCCCACCCCUGCACAGCUUCCAGACUCGGGCACAACAGAGAGGAUUUGACCC